CCCUUCAUGCCUCCCGUGUACCGACCAGACAACGGACACUCAGGCAUGAUGCCUCCCGGACCCCCACCGCCUAACGGACACCCGCCUGGUCCCAUGAUCCCACCCGAAUAUCGGCCUCCACCACCUGGUGCUUACAGUCCCCCUUCCCCACACAACCGGUGCCCUCCUCCACCUUCUCACUAUGGACCGGUGCCUCCCCCCAUUCGGUGUUUCCAGCGGCACUCCUAUGGCCCGACCCAUGGGACCCCCACGUACCUACGUGCACUAUGGACCACGUGAUCAUUCCAUCCCACCCCAGCACC